GUACAAAAGACACAAGAAUGAAGAGCCUGCUGUUGAGCCUUGUGAUGGCCCUACUCUGGGCAGUCUGUGCUCAGGCUGAUGUUGCUGUGCAACCAGAUUUUGACCUCCAGAAGUUUGCAGGGCUGUGGCAGGUCAUGGGUGGGGCAUCAAACUGCCCCGAGUUCCAGGCCAUGAAAGAAAUAAUGCACACAUCAGCCGCCGUUGUUACACCCCUCCCAAAUGGAGGCAUGAGGAUCCUGAUAGGCUAUCCUUUCCCUGAGGAAUGCAAGAAGGUAGAUAGAGUAUAUAAGAAGAUGGAACAGCCUGGACACUUCUCCCAUGCUGAUGACAUGUCCAACAGAGAUAUGCGUGUGAUGGAAACGGAUUACGACAACUACGCUUUCUUGUACACCUUUAAGAAGGUUGAAGAUGAGCCCAGCACCACCAGCGUUCAGCUAUACACCAGGCAUCCUGAUGUAAGUCCAGAUGUUUUGGAGAAAUUCAAGAAACACUGUCAUGAUGUAGGGCUCACCGAUGAUUUGAUGGUGAUGUUACCCAAAUCUGAUAUAUGUGUCAAGGCUCUCAGUGCUUGAAGAGGAUGUGACCUGCCUGCAACUACCCACUCACAGAUGUACCUGCAGCCCCUGCUCAUUGCUACCUUUCCCCACCGCUCGGUCUCUCUUCUGCCCAUGCAUCCUGUCAUUGUUUCUUAUUUUGCUGAUGUGGGCUCUGUCUUACCAUUUUCUGCUGAAUAAAAAGUUUUUUGCAUGUU